AUGACUGCACAAUCGACGUAUGGAAAUCGAACGAAGAAUAUGAAUUAUAAUUAUUCAUUACCAAUUAUUCAAAAGAUACCACAACUCCAACCAUUGCCAUCACCACAACGACAUAAAGAAAAGAAUCUUAUUUCACAAUCGGAUCUUUUACUCUUUGAUAAUAUUUUUCUCAAUCAUCAUCAUCAUCGCAACAAUCUUUAA